GCCGCCAUGGAGGCGGGGGGGGAGCGGCGGCGGGAGCGGCGGCGAAGGGACGCGGUCGUGAAGGCCGAGCGGCGCAGCCCCCGGCGCAGCCCGUCGCCGCCGAGCGAGGAGCGGCGGGGCAGCCGCGGCAGCAGGUCGCCCCGGCGGAGGAGCCGGUCCGGGCGGAGGAGCCGCUCGCCCCGCGGCAGGAGGAGCCGCAGCCGCAGCCCGUACCACGGCACCGUGAGGGUGAAGCAGGAGCGGGACGAGCACGGCCGCAGGGGCAACGAGGAGCGCAAGCCCAGGCACCCGUCAGAGCAGGAGCAGCGGCGGGACCGGAGCGGGGACCGAGACCGGCACAGGGACCACUCGGAGCGCAGGAAGAACCCGGGGGCUCGGGGCCACGAGCGGGACACGCAGACCCUGCGGGAGCAGCAGGCGGAGAGGGAGCUCUACAACGAGAGGCGGCGGGAGCACCGGCAGGGCAGCGCCGAGCACAACCCCGAGCUGCGGCCGCCCGAGGGCAAACCCAAGGAGAAGGCGGCCGCCAACAAGGAGAAGCCGAGCUUCGAGCUGUCGGGGGCGCUGCUGGAGGACACCAACACGUUCCGGGGGGUGGUGAUCAAGUACAGUGAGCCCCCCGAGGCCCGCGUGCCCAAGACCCGCUGGCGCCUGUACCCCUUCAAGAACGACGAGUUCCUGCCCGUGAUGUACAUCCACCGGCAGAGCGCCUACCUGCUGGGCCGGCACCGCCGCAUCGCAGACAUCCCCAUCGACCACCCCUCCUGCUCCAAGCAGCACGCCGUCUUCCAGUACCGGCUGGUGGAGUACACCCGAGCUGAUGGCACCGUGGGCCGCAGGGUGAGGCCCUACAUCAUCGACCUGGGCUCGGGGAACGGCACCUUCCUCAACAACCAGCGCAUCGAGCCCCAGCGCUACUACGAACUGAAGGAGAAGGACGUGCUCAAGUUCGGGUUCAGCAGCAGGGAGUAUGUCCUGCUCCACGAAUCCUCAGAUAAGUCUGAGGCCAAUGCAAAGGACGAUGAUGAGGAUGAGGAAAAGGAGGAAGAGUCUGACAGUUAACAGAUGAGGAGGAAGUUGGAGAGGGGCAGAGGAGAGAAACUCUUUGCAGUUGAACGGGAUGACCAUGGAGCAUCGCAGCACUGAUGCCUCUUGUUGCCUUAAAGUCCUUUUUCUGUUG